CUUUAAAAAAAGUAAAAGGACUUUAAAAAAAGUCCUGCCUGGAUCAAUCCAUCAGCAGUAUCUACUGAGGCCCUCAUUCAUUCAUUCAAUCGCAUUUAUUGAGCGCUUACUGUGUACAGAGAGCUGUACUAAGCUCCCGUUCCCUUCCUGUCUACGACUGUCACGGCUCUUCUUUUCCCCUCCAGAGGCAGAAAAUGAUGCAGGAUUCCAAAUGGGGAAACCAAUCCGCUGUGAGUGAAUUCAUCCUAAUGGGCUUCACCACCACCUCCAGGACGGCCCCUCUGCUCUUCUUCUUCUUCCUGGUCAUUUAUCUGCUAAUCCUCCUGGGCAACGGCCUCCUCAUCACCCUGGUCCAGCUGGACCAGCGCCUCCACACCCCCAUGUACUUUUUCCUCAGCUUCCUGUCCUCGCUGGACAUCAGCUACACGACCACGACGGUGCCCCAGAUGCUAGCCCACCUGCUCAGCCGGAAGCGGUCCAUCUCCUUCUCCAGCUGCGUGGCUCAGAUGUACAUCUUCCUGCUGUUCGGCGUCACGGAGUCCUGGCUCUUCUCCAUCAUGUCGGUGGACCGGUACUUCGCCAUCUGCCACCCUCUCAGGUACAAGGUCAUCAUGAGCCGGUGGACGUGCCUGUUCCUGGCCGGCAUCUGCGGGACGUACGGCGUGGUGGGCAGCCUGAUCUACACGUACUUCGCCAUGCGCCUCCCCUACUGCGGCCCCAACAGGAUCAACCAUUUCUUCUGCGAGGUCCCCGCCGUCCUCAAGCUGGCCUGUGCCGACACCACCCUCAACGACUGGGUGGACUUCAUCGUGGGCUUCAACGUCAUCGUGGUCCCGCAGUCCCUCAUCCUGGUCAUCUACGUCAACAUCUUCGUGGCCAUCUUGCGGAUCCGCUCGGCCCAGGGCCGGCUGAAGGCCUUCUCCACCUGCGCCUCGCACAUCACCGUGGUCACCAUGUUCGGCCUUCCUUGCAUCCUCAUGUACAUGAGGCCCAGCUCCCAGUCCAACCCCGAGGAUGACAAGAAGAUGGCCAUCUUCUACAACAUCAUCACCGCCUUCCUCAAUCCCGUCAUCUACAGCCUGAGAAACAAGGACGUGAAAAGAGCUUUCCUCAAGGCGAUAGGGCGAGGAAGGACCUCCGUGUGACGCCUCAGGCUGGAAAACCCAGUGAGGCCUAAAAAACAAAGACAUUUGGUC